AUGCUUCAAAAAAUGCGUCUCCAGUGCCAUCGUCGAGAUAACAUGUUCAAAAGAAUCAAAGGGGCACUAGCUUGCUAUAAUACAGAGUGUCCUGCAAGAUUGCAACGGCAUACUACCGUAAAUGGCGAUGCGAACGGAGCAAAGAACAUUGGCUUAAUUGGAUUUUCAAAACUAGUAUCAUCUGACGACAAACCGCUGCCGCCGUUUUGUCGCUCUAAAAAAAGCAGGUUCGACCUUGCAAAUGAAUUUGAAAAGUUUUUUCUUCCUGAAAGGAAAGACUUUAAAACGGAGACUAAUUUUUAA